UGGCGUUUUAUUUUGGCAGUUCAACGCCGGAAGUGACGCAUGUGCGACUAUGCGCUUGACUAAACCGUCUACUUGGAGCAGGAGCGACUUUGGAGCGGCACAUGUGAAAUGUGCAAGCAUGAUGCUGCCUGGAUAAUCAGGGGACAAGAGGACAGCGGUAGACAAGAAGCUCACAGACCCCCAGCUGAAGCAGGGCGAACGCCUCAUGCGCGGGCACAGCCAAGGUCCGAGCGGAUACGGGUCUGACCAAACAUGGGCGUGCUCCAGCUCCACAAUCCCGCUCACCCCAGCACGCUCCUGCAGCGGGCCAAUCAGAUGCGCCUGACGGGAACCCUGUGUGACGUCAUCAUUACUGUGGACGGCCACGAGUUCCCGGCGCAUCGCACCGUCCUGGCGUGUACCAGCAAGAUGUUUGAGAUCCUGUUCCACCGCAGCAGCCUGCGCUAUGCCCUGGACUUUCUGUCCCCCAAGACCUUCCAGCAGAUCCUGGAGUACGCUUACACUGCCUCGCUCCAGGCCACGGCCGAGGAUCUGGACGACCUGCUGUACGCCGCAGAGAUCCUGGAGAUUGAGUUCCUGGAGGAGCAGUGCCUGAAAGUGCUGGAGACCAUCCAGGCAGAGGAGAGUGAAGACGUGGUGGUGGGCAACCACAGUGACCGGGCCCGACACUGGAGACACAUGAUGUCCAAGAAGCAUUCCAUCCCAGACGGACCCACCUGCACCACUCCAACUGCUCUACACCAUCUGGCGUUCUAUCACAUGACAGAGAGGAGCCCACAGGGUACAGAGUCCGCCGCGCCACCUGAAUUGAGCCCCAAGCUGGACAUGGACAUGGACAUUACCCACCAGCCUCAGCGAGGAAACGCUGAGGCCCCGACCCUUGAACCUGUUGGGGAUAUCAAGUCGGAGAACAUGCAGGUGGACGAAGCAGACUGCUGUGUGGGCCGCUCCUCCAGUGCAGGAGACGGAUGCUCCCCAUCCGAUCCAAGUAGGGACGAGGGCCCGGGGACGCCGCUGAGAAGCAGCGUGAUCACAAGCACCCGAGAGCUACACAGCAGCCCUGAAGACGGAGCACAAGUGGUAGGGAGCUCCAUGGACUAUUUCCCCGGGGUAGUCGAGAAACACCUGGGCUCUCUGUACUCCGUCACCCCCAACCGCACAGGGGAGGCCAUGACACAGGUAUCCCUUUCGGUGGCCCCGUCCCUGGGUGUGCCGCUGGACCCGAGGGCCUAUGGCAGCCUGCUGCACCAGGGCCUUCUGCACAGGGAGCUCCUCACCAGGCUGGGCCAGUUUGCGGCAGGAAUGAGGCACGAGGGGUCCCCUCCGGGGCCACAGUGUUGUGGCGAAUGCGGGCUGCAGCUGCACAGCAGGCAGGCCAUGGAGCAGCACAGGAGGCUGCAUAACGACGAGAAGGGCCACGGCUGCGAAUACUGUGGCAAACACUUCCAGGACAGCAUGAGGCUCCGGAUGCACAUGUUGUCUCACACAGCUCCUGCAGAGGCGCUGGUGUGUGAUCAGUGCGGAGCAACCUUCUCCUCGGAGGAGGCUUUGGAGUCCCACAGGCUAACGCACACAGGGACUGACAUGGCGGUGUUCUGUCUGCUGUGUGCAAAGCGCUUCCAGACCCAGAAGGCCCUACAGCAGCACAUGGAGGUCCACGCGGGCAUGCACAGCUACAUCUGUAGCCACUGUGAGCGCCCCUUCCCCAGCCACACCACCCUCAAAAGACACUUGCGCUCACACUCGGGCGAUCACCCAUUCGAGUGCGAGUUCUGCGGGAGCUGCUUCCGAGACGAUGGCACCCUGAGGGGCCACAAACGCAUCCACACGGGAGAGAAGCCUUACGAGUGCAACAGCUGCGGGAAGCGCUUCAGCCUCAAACACCAGCUAGAGACACACUACCGUGUACACACGGGUGAGAAGCCAUUUGAGUGUAAGCUGUGUCACCAACGGUCCAGAGACUACUCGGCUAUGAUCAAGCACCUGCGCACUCACAACGGAGCGUCUCCGUACCAGUGCACCAUCUGCCAGGACUUCUGUCCGAGCCUGGCCGCCAUGCAGAAGCACAUGAAGGGCCACAAACCGGAGGAGGUGCCGGCCGACUGGAGGAUAGAAAAGACUUAUCUGUACGUCUGUUACGUCUGAGCAGGUCUUGGACCCAGUGCACAGACACACAUGCACGUACGCACACACAAAAUGGGUGAAAACCUUUGCAGUGACCCUUGCUGGGCGAAUACAAAAAAUACUGAAAAGUAGAAAGUUGUCUUUCUGGGAGCUCCAACACGCUAGUAGUGAAACAAAUAACUUCCUUUGAUUUGUGUCACGAUUGUGCCAUUUAUGAUAAAUAUGAUGACCACAUAACUCUCCAGAAAACUAGUCCAAUAAUAUUUGCUAAAAAAAAAAAAUGUCAAUUUGAUAGAUAGCCGUCAAAGGCUCAAGUGUGUGCACAGGAAUUGGCAGCUGAAGUCAUAUUCCAUUUCCUUAAGCGUACAUUUCAGUAUUCCACACAAAAGUAGCGGUUAAAUGAGAAUGAAGGUAUUUGUCGUGCGGUCGAUUGCUGCUGAAAAUAUUGUGGCACUUUGCAAGGAUGCCAUAUUGUGAGCUAAAGUGAGCUUGGAAUGUAGUAAAACCAGUUUGUCAGUGGUUGUUGGACUGCUAGAAGGUUAGCUAUAAGGUCAAUGACUAAACUGUCAUUGAGUUUGAUAACAACAUUGUCUGUGAUGGAUCUGUUGGGCUUGUUGACUGCGUGAGUGGAGAUAGCAGAGUCAUCUCUCCGAUUGUGCCGUAAACGUCGAAAGCAAUUCCUCAAAGGCUUGAUAGGCCUUGUAAUUUUCUCCCCUGAAUUCCUGUGACUUUAUUUUGUUUUUACAUUUGGAGUUAUGUUCAUGUGCAUGUUUUACUUGAAUGCGCUGCCAGGUUUUUGACCUCAUAUAAGCGUGAUCUCUUUUGCGGUGGGUGUCACUGGUUCCGAGGUAGCAGGCUUCUAUUUCAGUGUAAUUGUUGUUUUUGUUUGUUUUGUUUUUUUAUUUAUAUGUUGUUUGUUACCAAAUAUAUGCUGAUUAUCACCACACAGCCAGCAAUUUUUCCGGGAUAGUUUCAAGUAGAGCAAGCUCUACCUCUACAUUAUUUUCCCGUUUGUUUGCAAAAGUGUUUAUCCGUCUGUGGUUUUCAUUUCCUAACGAUUACCGUCACAGUUUAAAUGGUCACAGUGUAAAGAAAAAAAAAUGUAAAAAGCCUCAAAUUGGCUUUUUGUGUCGUUUCUUUAACAAUCUAUAAUUAGAUGUCUUAUAAAUCACAGAACAUGAUUUUUUUUUAAAAGAUAAAACUAGAAGAUGAAAAGAAGCCGUGUGUGUGUGUGUGUUGUUUUUUUUUUUUUAAAUAAAUGUGAUAAAAGAAAAAUCUGACACAGAGUUGUGAAGGUUAGUGUCAGUGGUAGUGUAUGUGUCAUGUACAGGCCGUCCUGCGUUGUUGUUCCCUGUGUGAGCCUAACACAGGCCUUAUACAAUUAAACAUGUUGUAUUUUUGUAUAAAAGUAAUUUGCUGUCUUGUUUACAUUUGGUAUGAUUUAAGAAGCAUCUUCAACGUGUAAGUUUUAUACGUCUCCGAUUUGCGUAAAAAAAAAAACAACAAAAAAACGGCCCCUCCCUUGUGCCUCUUUUUCUAAGUAGAGCAUUGACAUGCUUGAGUAUGUGGGUCUGUGCUGUUGGUGUUUGUUUCUUGUUCCAAACUCAAGAUGAGCUGCCGUGUAGAUCCACGUCUCUGAACAUUGCAACUGGAAGCAACGUACUGUGACGCUAACGCCCUGACGCAAGUUGCAAGUAACUGCCAUGUAAAACGCUCGUCUCAAUUUUGUUCCCGUCAGAGUGAAGGUAGACUGAGGUGAUUGGGCUGAAAAAGAGUGUAUAGCACAUUAUGGCAACUUGGUGCCAUGGCAACACACAUUCACUGUAUCUAUUCUAUACAUGAACGUGCACUAUAACCAGAUAUAGUCGGUGGACCAAAAGAAAUAGAGCACUUUUGUUUGAACUGUUGUUGUUUUUUGGUUGUUUUUUUUUUAUCUUUCUAUGUUGUGAUAAUGCAGAUGUCCUUUUAUUCAUAUGUCCUACAAGGCUGUCAUUCGCAUCGUUUAGAUAUGUCGAUGUCUGUCUACCUCAGGGCCAGGUCAAAGCUCGAGCUGGUGUCCAAUCAGGGUUGUUCUUCUUGCCAUGUGUGCAGUAAAAUCCCUCCUCAUUGCAGCUUUUUAACACAGUGUGUGAAAGUGUUCUCUCAGUGUGGAUUCAGGCACAACUCGUACACGUCAGUGUUUGAUGGCAUGGUCAAAAAAACAAAACAAAAUUAAAACAAUUUACUAUUCUAUGCACUCUGUCUCUUCUG